AUGAAAACUAGAUCAUCAUCAUCAUCAUCAUCAACAGGAUUAGAGGAUAAUGAUUUAGUUUGUACACAUGAUCAAUGUAUAUCUUCGUGGAAUGAAGUCGAUGAUAAGGGAAGGUAUAUUCAAAGCUUUCCGUGUCAUGCUAGCAGGGUUGGGCACGACCAGAUUGCACAUAGAAAGAAAUGCUCAAGAGAAUGUAUUGGCUGCAUUAGAAUGCAACGAGAAGAGGCUAGUAUUAGUAGUAGCGUUGGCAGUCGUCUGCAGAGGACAAGUAAAACAAGUACUCUCUUGUCCGACGAUGAAGACGACCUUGACAACAACAACAACAACAACAAGAAUGAAAUAGUCGUAGAUGAAGACCUGCUACCGACCUUGGAUGAAUACCAUUGGCUGCUAAACACCAUCAAAUUUGUAAACAAUAGUAAAUUUCUAUGUCAGAAUUACACCUGUUUUGAAAAAGAAUGCAAGGCUACAAAGAAUGUCCAAAAACUAUCUCCAAAUAAUAAUAAUUUUAGAGUUACCUAUAUCAAUACUCAUAAUCAUCCCUUAUUUAUUAAUUAUCAUUAUAAUAAUAAUAAGAUAAUAGAGGAAGAAGAGGAAGAAGAAGUUGAAAUAGAAGAUAAACCUCAACCUAAACCUCAACCUCAACCUCUACCACCACCAAUCAUUGUAGAUAAUCAACAACAACAACAAACAAAUAAUAAUAAUAAUAAUCAUAGUAUGGACAUUAAUAUAAAAAAGAGAAAGAUGGAUAAUAGUGAUAGUGACACUAUAUCAGAUGAAUACUCUUUUGCCAUUCAAAUGGAUUUAGAUGGUCACAUGAAAAAAAGUUCUUCUUCUACUACAUCCACUUCUACACCCGAUGAUAAUAACGUUGAAAGUUAUCAUUCAUCAUCUUGUACAACUCCUUCUUGUUAUGAAACAGAGAGUGAUGUUACGGAUACUGGAGAGAAUAAUACGACGACAACCACCACCACCAACACUACUACCACCUCUGAAACGAUGUACAGGAUAUUUGAUAGUGAUGAUGAUCUAUCAUCGUCAGACGAUGACAUGGAAGACACAGAGACCGAGGAUGUACAUCCUCCACCGCUCCUGGUUACAUGCAAAAAUCCAAACCACGAAAAGAUAUGUGGCACCAAACCACAGCUUCCCUACCCCGACCAAUUCUACAUUCGAAAGAAUGGUCAAUUAUCAAGAUGUAGGCAAUGCGAGAGAUAUUACCAAAGUAGAAGCAGAGUACCAAUAACAACAACAACAAGAUCACGUUCAAAUUUAGCCAACAACAACAACAACAAAAAGAAUAUUAAAAGUAAUAAUUCAUCAAUCAAAAGUAAAACAUUGGUUGGUCAGAAUAAUAUUAAUAAUAAAAAGAAUAAUAACACCAAAAUAGAACCGAAUAGUAAUAAGAAGAAUAAUAAUAAUAAUACCAAAAUAGAAUCAACUAUGAAAAAGUUAAAAACUACUAGUAGUAGUAGUACUACAACCACAACUACUCCUACUACUUUAGAUCCAGAUCAAGAAUUAAUUAUGGAAAUGCAAAUGAAAGAUUUCAUUCAAGAGGUAUUUAUCUAUAUAGAGGAUAGUUGUGAUUUUGAAAUACCCACCACUACCACCACCGAUCCCAUACAAGAAAAGAAUGACAUUAUCAUUGAAGAUGUAAGGAUCUGCACAUUUCCCACACAUCAAUUUGUUUGUGGAACCGAUCCAUUAAUUCCACUUCCAGUGUCAAUGUUUUAUAAUGAAAGAAAUCAUUGCAAAAAGUGUUACAACUAUAACAGGAACAAAAUUAAACAAUCCAUGAGACUACCACCAACAAAGAAGAAAAGAACAAAAUUCGCACCACCAUUGCCAUAUCCUCAUAUGACCAAACUUUCCACUCCACCUCAUAUGACCAAACUUUCUACUCCUCAUGUGACCAAACUUUCUACUCCUCCUCCUCCAUCUCCAUCUCCUCCUACUCCACUUACUACUCCUAUAGAUACAAAAAAAGAAAAAAAAGAAGAUGGUGAAGAUGAAAAAGAAGAAAAAGUACCUCUUGUAGAAAAUAAUAAUGAUAAUAAUAAUACUUUAUUUAUCAAUACUUUAGUUUCAAUGCUAAUAGGUAGUAUUAAAUAA